AUGAAAGAUGCUCAAUCAGUGAUCCAUGAGAUUCUGAAGAUUGAUGAUGCUUUUAACCAGCGAAAACACAGGACACCAAUCAAAUGCAAUGAUAUGUUUACUGAACUGAGGGGAAAAAAUGAGAAAAAGAUUGUGCUGACCAAGGGAGUCGCUGGCAUUGGAAAAACUGUCUCUGUGCACAAGUUUAUCCUGGACUGGGCAGAAGGAAACACCAAUCAGGAUAUAGAGUGUGUGUUCCUGCUUCCAUUCAGAGAGAUCAACAUGAUUAAAGAUAAAGGGGUCAGUCUUCAUGAGUUUCUGCUGAAAUUUUAUCCUGAACUGAAUGACCUAGAGAAAUCAAAUUUAUAUAAGGAAUGUAAGCUAGCGUUUAUAUUUGAUGGACUUGAUGAGAGUCGACUGCCAUUGAACUUUAAAAGCGAAACAAUGAACACUGUUGAGGAAAGAGCAUCUGUAGAUGUGCUGUUUACAAGUCUGGUCAAAGGUAAGCUGCUUCCAUCAUCUCUUGUCUGGGUGACAUCACGACCAGCAGCAGCCAAUCAGAUUCCUCCUCGGUAUGUGGGUUUGUUCACAGAGGUGCGAGGAUUUACCGACCAACAGAAGGAGCAGUACUUCAAAAAGAGAAUCACAGAUGAGACUCUGGCCUCCAGAAUCAUCUCACACAUUAAGACGUCUCGUAGUCUCUAUAUCAUGUGCCACAUUCCUGUGUUCUGCUGGAUCACAGCCACAGUACUUCAGAAUAUUCUCAUCAAUGCAGAGAACAUCAGCACAACACUCACUGAAAUGUACAUUCACUUCCUGCUGAUACAGAUGAACAUGAAGAAUCAGAAGUAUGAUAAAAAGGAACAGAGACAACGUACAAAGCUGUUGCGUUCAAAUAAAAAAAUGAUCCUGAAAUUAGCCAAACUAGCUUUUAAACAGCUGAAGAUGGAAAACAUUGUGUUCUAUGAGGAAGAUCUGAAAGAAUGUGGUAUAGAUGUGAGUAAAGACACUGAGUUCACAGGAAUGAUCGCUGAGAUCUUCAAGAAGGAAGAUGGACUUUAUAAGACAAAGGUCUUCUGCUUUGUGCAUCUGAGUGUUCAAGAGUUCCUUGCUGCAGUGCAUGUGUACAUCUGUUACCUGAAAAAUAACAAGCGAGAGCUUCGGUUUUUCUUUGAAGAUUCACAAAAUACAGCCAGACAAAAGCUUCAGUUCUUCUUUAGAAAUGUCACAUUUCAUGACUUAACAAAGAGGGCCACUGAUAAAGCAAUGCAGAAUGAGAGAGGACAUUUAGACUUGUUCCUGCGGUUUCUGAUGGGCAUUUCACUGGAAUCCAGUCAGAACCUGCUCAAAGGCCUGAUCACACACACCAAAGACACCAGUGUUAGCAUCCAAAAUAUAAGUGCACACAUUAAAGAAUUACAAAAAGAGGACAUCUCAGAUGAAACUUCAGUCAACCUAUUCUACUGCUUACUUGAGCUGAAAGAUAAUUCAUUAUAUGAGGAAAUCCAGAGUUAUCUCAGUCCAGAUGCACAUCCAGGAAGAGACCUCUCAUCUUCAAUGUGCACACUGAUGACCUCAGUUCUGCUGAUGUCAGAGAAAGUGCUGGAUGAGUUCAGUCCAAAGAGGUUCACAUCACCUUCAAACUACACAAGACUCGUUCCAGCUGUGAGAUGCUGCAGAAAAGCCCUUUUUGACGGCUGUGGUCUUGAUGAAACAUGCUGUGAAACUGUGUCUUCUGCGCUACAAUCAUCAAACUCUCAUCUGACAGAGCUGGACCUGAGUAGCAAUCACCUGCAGGAUUCAGGAGUGAAGCUACUUUCUGGUGGACUGAAGAGUUCACACUGUCGACUAAAUUUACAAAGGCUAUGUGGAUGUAAUCUCACUGCUCGGUCCUGUGAAAGUUUGUCUUCAGCUCUACAAUCCUCAACUUCCCAUCUUAAUGUUCUGGACCUGAGUAACAAUUACCUGCAGGAUUCAGGAGUGAAGCUGCUUUCUGAUGGACUGAAGAGUCCAAACUCUAAGCUGGAAAUAUUGAGAUUUUCCAUUUGUAAUCUCACUGCUCAGUCUUGUGAGAGUUUGUCAUCAGUAUUACAAUCAUCAAAAUCUGUUCUGAAAGAGCUCGACCUGAGUAACAAUGACCUGCAGGAUUCAGGAGCAGGACAGAGGAAGGCUGCUGUUGGCGUGUCUCAGCUCCUGACUCCACACCCCCCAUGCUUGAGAGAGCUGGAUCUGAGCCAGAAUCCACCCCCUGAGAUUCAGGACAAGUUUGAUCUUACGAACUACUGGAGGAUCCAAACUAUUACAGCAGGACUACAGAAAUAUGCCUGUUUUCUCACACUGGAUCCAAACACAGCACACACUCAACUUGUUCUGUCUGGGGAGAACAGAAAGGUGACAGGUGUGUUUGAGAAACAGUCCUAUCCUGAUCAUCCAGACAGAUUUGAUGUGUAUCAGGUGUUGUGUAGAGAGAGUGUGUGUGGACGCUGUUACUGGGAGAUUGAGUGGAGUGGAGAUGGUGUGUGUAUAUCGGUGUCAUAUAAGAGCAUCAGCAGGAAGGGAGAUGGUGAUGAGUGUUGGUUUGGACGUAAUGAUCAGUCCUUGAGUUUGAUCUGCUCUUCCUCCGGUUACUCAUUCAGACACAAUAACAUAGAGACUGAUCUCUCUGUGAAGUCCAUCAUGAGGAGAACAGGAGUGUAUGUGGAUCACAGUGCAGGAACUCUGUCCUUCUACAGUGUCUCUGACACAGUGAGCCUCAUCCACACAGUCCAGACCACAUUCACUCAGCCGCUCUAUCCUGGGUUUAAAGUUUCUAUUGGAUCAUCAGUGAAACUGUGUUGA